AUGCAUAUCGACUCAGAAACACUAAUUUCGCUAGUUUUCGCAAAAAAACCACUGUGGGAUAAAACGGUGAAGCAAUACCGGAUCAGGACGUUGGUGGACAAGCUCUGGCGCCAGGUUUCAACCGAAUUAGGAAACGAUGUUACAACGGAAGCUUGCAAGAAAAAGUGGAAGUCACUACGGGAUCAUUUCGGGAAAGAGUUGAGAAAAGUUCCUGCAUAUAGAUCAGGAGACCCAGGACCAGAUAACUACGAGACGUACACCGCUUGGCCACAUUUCAAAUCCAUGCUGUUUCUUAAGGGCCAAAUGAUACCACGAAAAUCUGGAGGCAAUCUGCAAGCUGAUGCCUCCGAGACGAUGGAAUUUUUGAACGAUAAUGACGUGCAGCAAACGACAACAGAGAACACUGCUGACGAAUCAAUUCAGUUGCUUGAAGUCCCGGAUUCAUCUGAUGUUGAUGAAACGAUCCCACGUCCACAACCCAGACCUGGUAAAAGAGGUCUGCAACACCAAUUGGUCGACAUCGAAACACGCAAGUUGAAGCUUUUAGAAAAAAAAGUACGCAAAGCCAACACUGAUGAUGACGAAGACGAGGCAUUUUUUAAAAGUUUGCUACCCCAUGUUCGGAAGUUGAAGCCAGAGGCGAAGUUAUUGUUUCGGAUGGAUAUACAGAAAGUCGUACAGGAACAUGUGUACCAGAAAAACCGUUUCCUGAACGAUCCGAACCAGAACCUCGAUGUACAUGGAGCUGCAACUUCAGAAAAUCCCAUGCUGUUCCAGUAUUCUACUCCAGUGCGAAGUCGAAUGGAAUUUACCGAAACGAUUGGAAGAACUCCCCGCUCACAUGAUGGUUCUGGAUAUCAUAGCUCUCCGCAUUUUCAGAGCCAAGCUGGAAUUGUUACUAUUCUGAACCCGGACGAACAGAUUGAUGCUGCAGAUCAAUUCCCCACAGUCAUUUCAUCUGCAAGACAGUACUACACGGUAAUCACUUCGCCAAUUUCCAGUGCACUAUCACAACAGUGA